CCUCAUUUCCCAUGAUCCGCCGCCAUCCUCAAUGUGUUGGGAAGUUCUUUUCGGGAAGUCUCAGCCGCGUUAUUUGUCAACCGGAGGAUACAAGUGAGGGCGCGUGUUUCUGUUCCAUGAUAAUAAGCGCUGCGUUCCCAAGCAAAGGCAGGGAAGGACGCGGGCGGUUUGUCUUCAGUCGAGCCUCUACUUCCUCUGGCUUUUGAGACUUUUACGUUAGCAUGGAUCUGUGGGCUCGGGUAGGCAUGGUGGGCGCUCUGUCUUGUUACGCGCACCGCAAGAAGAACGUCCUGGCCCAAGCUGCAAAGAGCGACGGAGAGAGCGGCAGCGGCCGGCCAGAGCUGAAAUUGGUGCAAGUUCUCUUUCGGCACGGCGCUCGCACGCCCCUCCGGACAAUCCCGGGCAUCGAGCAGGUAGACUGGGAUCCUACUCUUCUGGAGAUCCCCGCUCAAACAAAGUUUCCCUACAUAGUAACUAAUCUCACUGGUGGACCAAGACCAUUUUCUCCUUAUGAAGAAAAUUACAAAAAAACAGUGCUGAAGGGAGGUGUAAUUGCAGGACAGUUGACCAAAGUUGGCAUGCAGCAAAUGUUCACCCUGGGGGAACGGCUGAGAAAACGUUAUAUUGAGGAGUCCAAUUUCCUGUCAUCAUCCUACAAAUCUUCUGAGGUCUUAGUCCGUUCCACUAAUAUUGAUCGGAAUCUGGAAUCCACACGAUGUUUGUUAGCUGGGCUAUAUCGAGAACAAAAAGAAGGAGCUGUUACCAUUGUCACAGAUAAGGCAGAAUCCGAAAUCCUUUAUCCCAAUCCAGGGAAUUGCCAACAACUUAAACUUAUGCAUAGAGAUGGAUGGGCUAGUCUGAAUUUGCACCAAGACCUCUUAGAAGAUCUGAAAAACAUUAAACAAAAGUUGGGCAUUAGUAAUGAGCAAAAAGUAGACUUCAUUGUUCUCCUUGACAACAUUUUUGCAGAACAGGCACAUGACCUACCAAGUUACCCUGUUUUGAAGAAUUCUAUGCAACUAAUUGAGCAGAGAGCUAUUGACUCAUUCUUUUAUAUUACAAAAAACAAUUCAAGGGAGGUUCUUCAGAUGACUGUUGGUCCUCUCCUGAAUGUCAUAGAGGACAACAUUAUGAAGGCAAUAGAGCCUCCCUCUUCUGAUAUUAAGACCAGGAAGCUCAUCCUCUAUGCUGUUCAUGAUGUUACACUUUUCCCGUUGCUGGUGGCGAUGGGGGUCUUCAAUUCAAAGUGGCCUCCAUAUGCAGCAGAUGUGACUCUGGAACUCUAUCAGCAUUCCAAGGAUUGGUUUAUACGACUGAUCUAUAAUGGAGAGGAGCUGAUUCCCAGAGGAUGUAAAGAUGGCUUGUGUCCACUAGAAGAUUUUUUAAAUGCUCUUUCAGUAUAUAGCACAGAGCCACAGGUGUAUAAAAUGAUUUGUUCCCAAACAGAAGAGACAGUUUUACAACACAAUUGAUCAGGAAAGGACAUCUCUUUCUAAAUAUUGUAAAAAUAAUGUAUUAAUCACUGUUAAAAUUUAGUAGCUGAAACAGCAAGAAUAAGCUUGUUAUAAUGGUGAAAAUGAAUCAUGGUUUUACCUUUUGGAAAUGAGCAUUAGUAGUAGAAUGUAAAUUAUUUUAGACAAGGUAUACAUUACUACCUGCAGAUAAUAUUAAUGUCAAAGCAAUUAGCAUAUCGUUCUACAGGUGAAACUCAAAAAAUUAGACUAUCGUGCAAAAGUUCAUUUAUUUCAGUAAUG